CAUCGUGCCGUACGGCUGAACGAUAUCCGUGUUCAACGUUACGGUUGCAGACUGUUCUAGAGGUGCACACGCGCAGAACAUCACGUUUGUCGGAUUGCGUGCUGUGAGUCAUUGUUGUGUUGACAGUUGAACCAGGUCGGUCCUCGUGUCACCAUCGGCCGCUGAAACAGAAGCAGACGGACGACUCUCGCAUUUCUCGCGGCGCGUAUCGGAGUCGCGUAGUAGGUGGACGAAACACACCUUUUGCGUCUUAACUUUCGGGCCGAUAUCGUGAGGCGCGAUAACAUACGCCGUGAGUGGUGUCGCAAACGGACGGACGUGGUGAUACGUGAUCGUUGUCUCGAGUGUAGAUCGAGAAGAUCGCAUCUGGUGACGGGAAACUGACGAUCCCAGGGAGACCGUGACUAAAAAGAACCGUCAGUGAGUUUCCAAGUCGAACUGCACGGUUAUGUAAUGACGGUGAAAAAGUAAAACGAGUGUGUUCGGUGGAAAAAACGGACGUUCGCGGACGAAACUUGUGCGAUCGAUCAUCGAACGCAACCGAUCAUCGCGUUCUACGACUACGUGCGACGAGCGACGGCGGAGUCAGCAGUGAACUGCUCCAGUAGCGCGACUAUACUUUCGCACGCUAGACAAGUAUCAAAACUUUCGAUUGGCACGCAAUCAGUUCUGCGGCAUCGAUGGUGCGGAGUUCGACGAUGGAGCCGACGUUCUACGAGGACACGAGCGUCUACGUCGCCGUGAAUCGCGAGAACAACGUGGGCCAGCUGAAGCGUAAUCUCACGCUAGACCUGAAUGGAUGUCAGAGACAAGGCCCGCAAGCGAAGAGGCCGCGACUGGGGCCCCUGCCACCGGCGCUGAACAACAUGUCACCUAUUUUGAGCUCGCCGGAUUUGAACAUGCUGAAGCUGGGAUCCCCCGAGCUGGAGAAGUUCAUAAUCUCUCAACAAGAGACCCUCGUGACGAAUUUACCAACGCCUACGCAGAUUCUGUUCCCGAAGGCGGUCACCGAAGCCCAAGAACUGUACGCUCGCGGUUUCGUGGACGCUCUGAACGAGCUCCACCAUUCGGAUAGCUCUCAAGAGCCGGGUAGCAUCCACGGAGCGACGUAUACAACUUUGGAACCACCGAGCAGCGUACAGAGCACGGAAUCCUCGGUGAGCCAGGGUCUGAUACAGAUCAAAGACGAGCCGCAAACGGUGCCCAGCGUGUCGAGUUCCCCGCCAAUGUCCCCGAUCGACAUGGAGAAUCAGGAAAGGAUCAAGCUGGAGAGGAAACGUCAGAGGAACCGCGUGGCGGCGUCCAAAUGCCGCAAGCGCAAGCUCGAGCGAAUCUCCAGGCUCGAGGACAAGGUUAAGCUGCUCAAGGGCGAGAACACCGAGCUCAGCGCCAUGGUGCACAGGCUAAAGGAGCACGUGUGCCGAUUGAAGGAGCAGGUGAUGGACCACGUGCAUUCGGGUUGCCAGAUCAUGGCCGUGUCCGGUCAAUUCUGAGCCGACGGACCGGACGAGACUCUUUGAUGUGUGUUUCGUCUGGUGACUGGCCGUGCGGCUUCCGUGAAUGUGGUGACGUUCUCUCGGCCGGGAGAAGCUUCCACGGAUGAACCACCGACGGAACGUCGCCGUCGACCGUUUUCUUUGUUGUUUCUAUGGAGCAAGGGGACGGUGGAAGUGUUACGGCGGUGAUAGGAAGGGAGUGCCUUGGUGUGCCGCGCGGGGGACAUACGUGCUUUCCGAAGGGACACGGUACGACGAUGAGAUUAAUAUCAUCUGCAUCUCUGCGUGUGGCUUGGUGGUGGCUGUACGCACGUGAAACGCGCUGCACGAACGCUCGCAGCUCCACGUACGGGGGCGCGGUGAAGGGGGAGAGCGUGCUUGGUUUGAUACAGUGCGCCACGAAAAGGAGCGAUGGAGUCGCGGCGGCGAUGGAGAGAAAAAAGGAGAGUGGGUGGGACUUGACGGAGAAGAAAGAGAGGGACCUCACGGUGCGCGGCCAUUUUGGAGAACCGCGAGUACUGGCGGGAGAUUCGAAUCUCCCUUGCGCCAAGAAAUGUUCCAUUUUAACUCUGUUCGCCGAGGGAAACUCAAAUUAACGUCGACGGUCUAUCAAGGCCAGCCUUGUUUUCGUUCUUUCAUAACACUUUGUUCUACUACGCGAAUCUUUCCUUCGCCGGGGAAUAAAUAUCUCUUUGCAUUGUUUGUAUUCGAUCCACGGAGAUUUGUGAUCGGUUUCGCGUAAUUUUCUGUAACGAGAGCGAUCCACUAGCAUGUAAAAUCCAAUUAUCGUCGUUACCGCGCAAUCUUCCGAAUCGCUUUUCGUUUCUCUUGUUAGGAGUUUCGAUUCUCGAUGCGAUCGGGAAACGAUCCUCGCUUGGUCCGGGAUUUCGUGGCAAUUCGCGAUCGGAAAUACAUACGUCUUUUUGGCAAACUUUUUUAUACUCUCGCGACGCGAACUUUAGGAGCGAUCGCGACCGCUGUUUUUCCUUCACUUUGAAUAACGAUUGAUUUUAUUCAAACGAAGCAAGCUUCUUUCGAUGAUACGUAGGAUGUACAUAACGCUAAUAUACGUAUUCACGCGCAGAGUAACAAUUAAUAGCCUGUAAGGUUCGUUUUGGGAGGGACGAAUGUGUCGAACGUAACGCGAAGAGGCGAAAUGAAUAACGAAAAAGGAAAAUUUUAUAUUGCUUUCUACGAUCGGAAUCUUUGGUGCGUAAGCGCGAAUCGUGACACGAAUGCUAAUCGUUAGGUAAACACGGUGCUGUAAAAAAUUUACUCGAAAUAGACGCGUUAAAUGUAACGUUUGCGAUCCAUUUUCGUUUUCGUUUUAAUAGAACAACGCGAGCUUACGGGAUUCUUCGAUACUUUCGACCGACGAUUUCUCGACCUCGUAACCCCAAUUUUUUCAGAGUACUACCAUUGUUUUAAGGCUGUACAAAUAGAAUAGGUGACGGGAGCAGUUGCCGGCGUUGAAAUCACCGUCAUAGAUCAUCUUCUUAUCGCGUUUGAAUGCGACGUACCGAUCCAUUAUCGACUCGUGGUCGUAAAAUAUUUUUAACAAAGAUAGUUUAAACCUUUGGAUGUUGUGGACGCGUUUACGGAACGUUCGUAUUGAUAAAUCUGAAGGGUUACAUUUUCUUUACACAGUACGUUGCAUUCGAACCGCAGCUUUUCGCGAGAAAGCCCCGACAAUCUUUUCGUUUUAGCUUUUAAGCCGGAGACUGGUGUGUAACGAGUUGCGUUCGAGUCGGUUCCUCGACAUCUCCGUGUGUCUUGGGGCCUCUUUUGUUUCGUCAUAUGUGCAUCUAGUCUUGUCCAGUAUGCCCUCGUAAAUUAUGCGCGACGCGUGCUCACGCGCGGAUCUGCGUAAAAUAUACACACAAGUGCACAUGCUUCGAUUGUGUUAUCACGCGCGGCGACGACGCUCUGCAAUUUGAAAAAGGAUACGUCGCGAACGUCGAUCAUUCGCGGGAAUGGAGAGGAAAGAACGUCGUGAAGUUCUAGCUUGGUUGAGUUUUCUUUGAUCCGUCGAGAGCCACGUGGUAACAGAAUCGCGCAGCGUUACCGUUGUGCCAUUACGUAAGGAAUCCCCGAUGGAAAAAAAGGAGGUUUUCCCUCGGAGUGUCGCAACACUUCAUGCCCGUUCGAUGGCAAAGAUAACUAGUUUGCGGCGAUUCGAUGAACAAUAACGUUCUCAAGCGACUCGGGGAUAGAAAUGUUCGAUUCUGAAUCGAUUUACUAGAAAAAUCGAACCUGACGAUGUUCGUAUCGACACUGUUCUUUGUAACAGUGACUUUUUAAUUCUCUUUGCGAUAGAAACUAAUAUUUUACCUGCAGUUUCUACAUUUCUCUUAUUCGAUGUUAGAACAUGUAUAGAAAAUUAUAAGUGUCGUUGCCAGACAAUACAAUAUUAAUUGUAGCAAGUCGGUCUCGAGCGUUUAUUUUUAAAAUCAGGCAAUUUUUUGUUAAUGUUUUUCUUUGUAAUGCCACAAGUAUAAACAUGCAGUUCUAGCAAAAAAAUUUCAAAUCAUAUCUAAUCAAUUUAGAAUAUGCACAUAAAAUUACAGGUAUCGUUACCAGACAAUACAAUAUUAAUUGUAGCAAGUCGGUCUCGAGCGUUUAUUUUUAAAAUCAGGCAAUUUUUUGUUAAUGUUUUCCUAUGUAAUGCCACAGGUAUAAACAUACAGUUCUAGCCAAAAAAAUUUCAAAUCAUAUCUAAUCAAUUUAGAGCAUGCAUAUAAAAUUGCAAGUGUCGUUACCAGACAAUACAAUAUUAAUUGUAGCAAGUCGGUCUCGAGCGUUUAUUUUUAAAAUCAGGCAAUUUUUUGUUAAUGUUUUCCUAUGUAAUGCCACAGGUAUAAACAUACAGUUCUAGCCAAAAAAAUUUCAAAUCAUAUCUAAUCAAUUUAGAGCAUGCAUAUAAAAUUGCAAGUGUCGUUACCAGACAAUACAAUAUUAAUUGUAGCAAGUCGGUCUCGAGUGUAUAUUUUAAAAAUCAGGCAAUUUUUUGUUAAUGUUUUCCUAUGUAAUGCCACAGGUAUAAACAUACAGUUCUAGCCAAAAAAAUUUCAAAUCAUAUCUAAUCAAUUUAGAGCAUGUAUAUCAAAUUACAAGUAUCGUUACCAGACAAUACAAUAUUAAUUGUAGCAAGUCGGUCUCGAGUGUAUAUUUUAAAAAUCAGGCAAUUUUUUGUUAAUGUUUUCCUUUGUAAUGCCACAGGUAUAAACUUGCAGUUCUAGCAAAAAAAUUUCAAAUCAUGUUGCUAGUAAAAGGACUCCAAAUUGGUUUUGGUCGCUUUUAUUCAGUCGAUUGCACGAUCGAUCGAGAAUCGAACAUCUCUAACAACAGCCGAGCAAUCGUGGUAUCUUCGUUGUGUGCACGACGAAAGUGACGGUUUGCGGAAUCUCGUGACUAUUGCAAUCCCGUCGAAUCGCCUCGAUUUUUCGUUACGUAGCUUGUUACGUAAACACUCAGGUUCGAAGACUCUGAAUUCACGGUGCGUGCGACCGAUAACGUGUCGCGAAUAGUCGUCGGAGUCCGGUUUUCCUUUGCGUUUCGCGGCUCGUUUUCGUCGUAGAAGAAAGGUACCCCGGACGAUUGCUCGUCCCCCGGAACGAAUAACUACGAAAAGCAGAUAUUCCACGAAUCGUUGCGAUGCUCCGGCGUUCCGUUGGUCACGAACCCGUUCAGCACGAGGUAUAGAUUUUAAUCGUAAGCGGCGUACAAUAGGCGAAUUCGAGAGACUCGCCCAUCGGGAGACUGCAAUUCGAAAAAGGAAAAGAAAUUCAUUUAUAUUUUUACGAUACACGUAUUAUAUCACGGGGUCGUUGGAACAGUUCUCUUGUUUCUAUCUCUAGCGCGCGAACGAAACAAGUUUUAGCCGCGAAAGAUUUCAGUCGUUCUCUUUUUUUUUUUUGUUUUUCAUCCGGGUCGAAGAGAAACUCCCAAACGCCAGCAAUGAAAUUUCCAACCUCUGUUCCCCUGCGCCUUCGUGACUUUCACAACAGAAACGGGCAGAAUUUUUAUUCACUGUACAAGCUCGUAAUUUUUAUUGAACAAACAACGGAUAUCAAAACGUUAUUCGAAUAUAUCACUUGUACGGUGUCGUGAAUUUUGCCCGUGUCUGCUUUCAUGCGCGACUUUCGGCACACACAACUUGACAAUUUUAACCUGUAAUUUAUUUCUCGUAUUAAGUUAAGCGUGCGCUGUUUUCUCUUGCGUCGUUCUUUUAUAUUUUUUCCUUUCUUUUGUUUUCAAAUUUAUUUGUAACGAUCACCGUCGCUGGCGAGUACAGCGUUCCCACGACGAGCCGCCCUAGGAAUUAUAGCGUUUGGCGUCGGCUCUCGGUCAGGCGGAAAGGAGCCAGCGGGGAUUUUUCGGAUGUUUGCACGUUGUUGUUAGCCCGGCGGUCUCCUUUUCGCCGCCUCGUGCCACACGAUGUGUUUUGCGACGGAGACUCCUCGACGUAGCGGAAAAAAGAAAAUUCAAGAGUCCCGAGGGACGUUCGUUCGCGAAAUCGGCCAUCACGUAUUGCGUGCCUUUUUAACGAAGUAAUAGAAACACCGCCAAGUAGGCGAUUACGAGGACUUCUCGUUGUCACGGUUCAUUCUCCCUUUCCCUGACUCUGUUUCCUUUUGAAACGAACAAAUUGUGCACGGGGGGCCUCGAAAGAACGCCGAACGUACUUUAAAACUCGGACUCUUUUUAGCGGCUGAGACGACGGCGAACGAAAAGUGAUCGAGCUUUCGUUGGUUGCGAUCAAACGAAUAGAAAAAGUAUAAAUGCCGGUUUGGAAACGAGCGAGAAAAGCGGCGGCACAAAAAACGUAUGAAAGUAAAGAAAACCACAUGUGAUUUAGUCUGUAAGUGAAAUCCCCAUUAGAGUAUAUAUAUAUAUAUAUAUAUACACACACGUAUAUAUGUACUCUAUAUAGUUGGCACAGUGAUAACGAAACGACGAUAAGCGCAGCAUAUAUAGAGUUAUAUAUAACACUAUACAUGAGAGUAAAUAUUGCUAUUAUAAUGUAAUAUUAUAUAUAUAUGUAUAUAUACGAGUAUAUACAUAUGUGUAUAUAUAUAUACAUAUGUAUGUAUUGUCUACCGACGAGAGCGGAA